AUGAAUGGUGUUAGCUUCGAAAGAAUAGAAUAUCCUGAUCUCCUUGAGAGAAAUAGUGAACAAAGGAGCCAUGUUCGCAAGGGAAAAUGGCGCACUCUCCUCACUGAUAACACUAACUACCAGGACCUCGAGAGACUGGUUGUUGAGCUUCAGAGGCCUGACUUCUCUUUCAGGACAGAACCCUCCGUACAAAUCAGUGAAUUUGGAGCAACUGAAGCAGGGCGUAACGAGACCUUCACUGUUGUAAUAAAGAACAAUACUUAUGACACAAUACGAAUCCGUGCGUCUAACGGCCUCUAUUUGCAGCAAAUGAGUAUUUGGAGCAUAAGGCAUUUUCAAGCGAGUUUCCUAAGGUUUUCUGGCGAGGCUCUUUCAGUUGAUCAUGUUUAUCUCUUCGAGAUCCAUAACCAGUGUCGGUCCUUCCGGCGAGAGCACUGGCUCCUCCGGCGAUGUCGCGACGGUCGGGACCAGUAA